ACGCGCGAUCGGUAGCCUCGCCCGUGCUUUGUUGCGUUACCGGGGCUACCGUUUGCGACCCCGACACCGACGCGGGCCGCUGAGGGAGGAGGCCUCUCGAAUACGGUUUCUGUCAUCGCGUUGUCUCUCCUCCUGUGCGGCCAGUGCCGGGUGGGCUCCUGUUGGAUGCCCUGGUCGUCCGAUCCAGGUUCUAAUUCGUAGUUCCACGGCGCUGGCCGCUGACUUGAGACGUCGUGUCCCUGGGAUCCUAGUCCGAUUUAGGCCCCAUCCCUCCUGUAAGCCGUGAACCUUACUCCGAGGGCAAGGUUGGCCCAGUGUUUUCUUCAUACCCCAGGGCCUUGCAGCAUUGACGUUUUCAAACCCUAAAGGAUUUACGUGGGUCUGACCAUAGUUGACGGGAUUCGCGCCCCGUGCCGGUCCUCCUGAGUCUCCGGUAGCUGAGCCACAUCUUGCAGCUCCUCGGAUUUGGGUGGAGGGCAGGACUUGGCACCCGGCCUCCCAGAUCCCCAAGGAAGGCGCCCACAUGCUUUCAUUUCAGAUUGUUGAUGUUAUUGUUGGGAAAGACGAAAAAGGCAGGAAGAUCCCAGAAUAUCUGAUCCAUUUUAAUGGUUGGAACAGAAGCUGGGAUAGAUGGGCAGCCGAAGAUCAUGUGCUUCGUGAUACCGAUGAAAAUCGUAGAUUACAGCGUAAAUUGGCAAGAAAAGCUGUAGCUCGCCUGAGGAGCACAGGAAGAAAGAAGAAGCGCUGCAGGUUGCCUGGUGUUGACUCUGUCUUAAAAGGCCUCCCCAGUGAAGAGAAAGAUGAAAAUGACGAAAACUCAUUAAACAGUUCCUCUGACAGUGCUGAAGACAAGGAUGAAGAAAUAAGUGAAGAAAGUGAUAUUGAAGAAAAGACUGAAGUGAAACAAGAACCGGAGCUUCAAACAAAAAGGGAAAUGGAAGAAAGAACAAUAACUAUAGAAAUUCCUGAAGUUCUGAAGAAGCAGCUGGAGGAUGAUUGUUACUACAUUAAUAGGAGGAAACGGUUAGUGAAGCUUCCAUGCCAGACUAACAUCAUAACCAUUUUGGAAUCCUAUGUGAAACAUUUCGCUAUCAAUGCAGCCUUUUCAGCCAAUGAGAGACCUCGUCACCAUCACGUUAUGCCACAUGCCAACAUGAACGUGCAUUAUAUCCCAGCAGAAAGGAAUGUUGACCUUUGUAAGGAGAUGGUGGAUGGAUUACGAAUAACCUUUGAUUACACUCUCCCAUUGGUUUUACUGUAUCCAUAUGAACAAGCUCAGUAUAAAAAGGUGACUUCGUCUAAGUUUUUUCUUCCGAUUAAGGAGAGUGCCACAAGCACUGCCAGGAGCCAGGAGGAGCUCUCUCCCAGCCCCCCUUUGUUGAAUCCAUCCACGCCACAGUCCACAGAGAGUCAGCCGACCACCGGUGAACCAGCCACCCCCAAAAGGCGCAAAGCUGAGCCAGAAGCAUUGCAGUCUCUGAGGCGGUCCACGCGCCACACUACUAACUGUGACAGGCUUUCUGAGAGCAGCGCUUCCCCUCAGCCCAAGCGCAGGCAGCAGGACACGUCCGCCAGCAUGCCCAAGCUCUUCCUGCACCUCGAAAAGAAGACACCUGUGCAUAGCAGAUCAUCUUCACCUAUUCCUCUGACUCCCAGCAAGGAAGGGAGUGCUGUGUUUGCUGGCUUUGAAGGGAGAAGAACUAAUGAAAUAAAUGAGGUCCUCUCCUGGAAGCUCGUGCCUGACCAUUAUCCCCCAGGUGACCAGCCACCACCACCCUCUUACAUUUAUGGGGCACAACAUUUGCUGCGAUUGUUUGUAAAACUUCCAGAAAUCCUUGGAAAGAUGUCCUUUUCUGAGAAGAAUCUGAAGGCUUUAUUGAAGCACUUUGAUCUCUUUUUGAGGUUUUUAGCGGAAUACCACGAUGACUUCUUCCCAGAGUCGGCUUAUGUCGCCGCCUGUGAGGCACAUUACAGCACCAAGAACCCCCGCGCAAUUUAUUAAAAUGUUGAUGGUUCUGUUAGAUCAACUGCUCUGUCUAGUUUGUCGCUCUGGGUUCCAGGUGAACAACUAGCCAGGUGGUACGUCUGCCCAAAGCACACGUGCAAUGGCCACCUUGGGGCUUUGUUGUCUGACUUGCCCACGUACUGCAUUUAUUCUGUUAGGAGUGAUUUCCUGGGUGCCUGAAAGUGCUCUGACACGACACUUGUUACUGUGCCAGCCAUCUGUGAUGGCAAGGAGAUAGCAACUUUGUUCACAGUCAGAUGUUCAUGGAAGUGUACAUAGGUUAGGCCAUUUCAGGGGACAUUGCAGUUGGCUAGCAAAAACCACAUUGUCUCAUUAUUUGUUAGCAUUAAACAAUUUUUUUUGCAAAUUGGUUUCUUUUUUUUUUUAUGAAGCUGAGCAACUCUGUCCAACAAGGUUUAGUUUGUACUUGGAAACCGCAAAGUAGUCUCAAAGUAUUUUAGAGGGAAUUGGUAUUGACAGCAAAAGAAAAUUUGCAGCUAUACAUUUGCUUCGAAUGGUUCCCCCUCUGUGAAAUAUUAUUUUUGGUGAUCUAAAGAAAGCUUUGCCUUUCUUGUUUGAGAUUUUACAGCUAUACUUUGUUGUGUAAUGUUAUGGUUCCCUUUCUAUAAAACGUUAUUUUUGGUGAUCUAAAUAAAGCCUGUCGUGUUUGAAAGAA